AACGGCCCACAGCCAGCCCGGUGCCCUUUAUCGUCGUUCCUCACUGAGCCUCGUAGCCGGGAGGACCAAGGAGCCGCGGCUCGGGGAGCCUAUUCCGGGGUUCGCCGUCCAGGCCUCGUUCUAUAUUCCAGGGCCUGAGGAGGUGCUCCCGGAGCAGCAGAAAGAAGUCGGGUCCUUCCCAGGGGUGUGAAUACUUUUUCUCCUGAGGGAAGAUUAUUCCAGGUGGAAUAUGCCAUUGAAGCCAUCAAGCUUGGCUCCACAGCUAUUGGGAUCCAGACGUCAGAGGGCGUGUGCCUCGCUGUGGAGAAGAGAAUUACCUCCCCACUCAUGGAGCCCAGCAGCAUUGAGAAAAUUGUAGAGAUCGAUGCUCAUAUAGGUUGUGCCAUGAGUGGGUUAAUUGCUGAUGCAAAGACUUUGAUUGAUAAAGCCAGAGUGGAAACACAGAACCACUGGUUCACCUACAAUGAGACAAUGACAGUGGAGAGCGUGACCCAGGCUGUUUCCAACCUGGCUUUGCAGUUUGGAGAAGAGGAUGCAGAUCCUGGUGCUAUGUCUCGUCCAUUUGGAGUGGCAUUGUUAUUUGGAGGAGUUGAUGAAAAAGGACCACAGCUGUUUCAUAUGGACCCUUCAGGAACCUUUGUACAGUGUGAUGCUCGAGCAAUUGGCUCUGCUUCAGAAGGUGCCCAGAGCUCCUUACAGGAAGUUUAUCACAAGGCUAUGACCCUGAAAGAAGCAAUCAAGUCAUCACUCAUAAUUCUCAAGCAGGUGAUGGAAGAAAAGCUGAAUGCAACUAACAUAGAGCUGGCCACUGUGGAGCCCGGCCUGAAAUUCCAUAUGUUCACAAAGGAGGAACUCGAGGAGGUUAUCAAGGAUAUCUGAAGGAAGAAGGACUGCAGAGUUUGGCCAUGGCUCUCUUUAACUUUCAACUUUCCUGAUUGCAAUUUUUAUUUCCGCUCUCUACUCCUGGGAAGACUUUCCCAUGGUAGUUGAUGUGUGUGUGUUUUUUACAAUUUAUGUACAUAAAGGAAGACUGAAAUAAAGAGAAACUGAAAACUAA